AUGUCCUCAAUAUCUCCAAAAACCGCGUUACUACUAUCGCUUCUCAAGAAGACACAUCUAGAGACCGAAGACGAACUCAAGCCCUCUUCUCCCACUCCAAACACGCGAGGAGACUUGCUUGUCCAUAUACCUCGGACGCCGAACCCGCGGAAUCCCCAUUCCUCUGGGCUACUAUAUACUCUCCGGGAGAAGGAAACGUUCGUACGACGGCUAAGGAAGGAAUUGGCAGAGGCGGAGGAUAAGCUCAACAGCCACAAGGCCUUAUGCAUAAUGAAGGGGCUUAUCGACCGAACCUGCGAGGAUGGUUCUCAUUAUGAGGAGCCUGAGGAAGACUUAAGCUCGAUCAUGGAAGUUAAACUGCAGGUCAAGGAGUCGUCAUCCACGAAGUCGAGGAUUGCAAUCCUACCGCGACCGACCUCUAUUCAAUCCUUAAUGUCUCCUGCACCCAAUCUGACAAGUUCAGAAGAUACUCCUACCCUACUCUCGUCACAUACGGACUUAACCAUUCCGCACCCUCCAAUUCAAGGCGGGUCUCAGAAUACGACUAUACGUGGGGCGCAGCUCACGCGGACCAGCACUGUCAGUAUUUUCCGGCACUUACUCUGGACCUUGGACUGCCUACGAACUAGUCUGCCUCUUCUACGCGAGCAUGGCUCCUCAUUGCGGACACUCAAGACAUCAUACUCGACCGUCAAACCUGAUUCCUCACCAUCUCUUCCGGAGAGGAGUCCCGAACGAGACAACGCCGAACCCAUACGCGCCGCGCAAGACCGCAUAGCCAUCAACCACAUCUCCAUAACGCAGAACCUGCACGAUCUCCUCGAGCCCCAGGAAACCCUGAGCGGGGAUCGCGCGCCACCACUUUGGCCUUCCGAGGCUUGGAAGUUCGAGUUCCCCUUCAUCUCGCUGCAUCUCUUGAAGAGGGAGUAUAAAGGUCGGAGGAACGACUUCUCGCACAAAUAUGCGACUCCGUCGGCACGGGAUGCGAUGUAUCAUGUGUUGUUUGCGCCGAGACUUCUAGAGGUAUAUGAAGGGCUCGAAAGGGAUGCGAAGCAGUGCGCUGGAGUUUUGCUAGAGGCUUUCAGGGACUAA